CUCAUGGAAGAUACGCGGGAUUCGAGCCAGGCCAGGAUACCAGAGUCGAUCUCGCUACAGCCAUCCAUAAUCAGUUCUCGUAUCUUUGUUCUUGGCGUUGACUCCUUUUCGUCAUUGUUGGGGAUGGGAGAAUUCCGCGACCUGACGAGACGGAUAAUGGGGCUUGUCGUAACCUUGCUCGAGGAAAUGUCAAAGUGCGUUAAUUUGGGACAUUCCCCAGCUACUAAUCUAUCCACCAAUUUGUCUGGUUCAAGGGAUGAGCCUCGCACAAUGAGACUGGUUAGCGUGUCGGGGAGAGGAAGGAGAGUUUCCUGUAAUUUACUGCAGCCUUGGAAUCUCCACAUGGUAAGAGGUGGAACGGCAGGGCUGAACAUGGGUAGUGCUCGACCGAGAUCGAUCGAGGUUGCAUGGAACGAGCUUAGAGCUGGGACUUCGAUAAACUGGAUGAGAGAAGCGUCGACCGUGAGCUUGAGGGUCGCUAAUUUGGAGAGGACGAGGCGUUUUUCGGGGGUUGGCAUGGUCGCGGGAGGGGUCACCUGCACCUCCAGACUUUCGAUUUCGGGUGACUUUUCGAGUAAGAUGAGGAGUUCGGGAAGGG